GCCAAGCAAAGACAGAGGCAGACCUUGGGAGGUGGAAAACAGAGCCGAGAGAAGUUGAAGCGCGGCAGAUUAAAGGGAAAUUUGUUGCCGUGUUGUUGCGCCAAACUGAAUUUUGUAUCAAGAGCAACAAGAUGAAGCUGUUGGAGUAUUUCAUCUUUGGGGUGAUUACCUUCCUUAUGACAGGGGCUCAGUGUGAGGUAACUGAGGUGUUUGCUGAAGAAGGCUCUCAAGCUGUACUACCCUGUAAAUGUGGCCCUUCACUCCCAUAUCCCUUCAACAUCAUCUGGAGUAAAGCUAACCAGGGCACCGUUUGGAGAAAGCAAAAGAGCGGGAUGCAGUACUGGGGUUCUAACUGGUCAUCCAAAGGGAACCAACGUGUUCGAUGCCCCCACGGCCAAUUUGAGAGAUGCGACUGCAGCUUGCAGAUCAACAGCGUGAGGGAGGGGGAUGGAGGAGUUUACACUUGCAGGGUGGAACAUGGAGACCAGGUUACUGAGAACAUGGUCACACUCAGAAUCAUUAAAGUGUCCAUCUCUUCAUUGGUUCCUAUAUGGGGGAGUGCCAUCGCAAUCAGCUGUGAUGUGACUCCUUGGCCUCACGGAGCCACUGUGCAGUGGAUGUUGAACAACAGCCCGUUUGUGCCCGGGGCUGGAAUUGGCUCAAAUACCGCUGAAAGGGUUGUGAUUGAAAAGGCAACCGCAAGGCUGACAGGAAACUGGACCUGUGCCGUGGGCUACAAGGGCAAAGAGGGGCGAGCUUCGGCAACUCUGACCGUAAGGGGAAUCAUCCAUCCAUCCAAAGACAACACCAAAGUGUACGCUGCUGUGGGGUCUGCUGUCACACUCCCCUGCGUCUUCUCCCCUGGUUUAAUCCCCUCUGGCACACUCUGGGAGAAACUGAAAGCUGAGUCUCUUUUUAGACUCACUCCCGGUCGCCUUCCUGCAUCUUUCUCUCCGUCCUCGCCCUCCUCUCGGUUCCCUGUGGAUAAGUCUGCCAGUUUGAAAGAGGUUGGAUUUGAGGAUGCAGGCAGGUACAGAUGCUCCGGGACUGUAGAAGGACAGCGGUUGGCUCGAAAUAUGCAGCUUGUCGUUGCCAAAAUUGACAGCAGCACCACGUCAAAGAAAGGAGGCUCCGUGACACUGACCUGCCAACUGACCGACACCAGCGAAGUCACCAAGUACGAGUGGGUUCAUGACCUCAACGGCACCCAGUCAGCUGGGUCCAUCCAGAACGGGAAGACUAUAAGCGUAAACACAGUGUCAGAGGAGAACCGGGGCGAAUGGACAUGUCGUUUCUACGGGAAAGACGGCAUUUUGGGAAACGUAACAGCCCACAUUCACCUGAUGAGUGCUCUGAGUGGACAAAAAUCAUCAGGUCCCUCACACAACACUGCUGCUGUGGUCGGUCUCAGCCUUCUCCUCCUGGUUCUGCUGCUGGUUUUGGUCAAGAUGUACAAGAACCACCAAAGGAGGAAAAGAAUCUUUCAGUACCCCGCGCUGGAGACGAUUGUUCACACCACCUCCAAUGAGCGGGAGGAGAGAGAAAGGAACAAAGGGAAAAAGUAAAGACGCAUUAAAGCAGAGGCAUCGCAGGAAAGACCACAAAGCACUGAGCUGAAGUUGGAUUCAGCUUCUUUAUGCCUGCAAUACGCUGGGAGACUUUUGUUUGCACAAGUUUUGUAAAUACAAUAAUUUCUAAGCAGACGUUGUAGCAGUAUUUUAAAUGUAGUACAUUAUCUUUGUAACUAUUUUCAGUUAUUCUGUUAGUUAUUCAUUUGAUUCGAUGUACAUACUGAGAAUAAAAUGUUUUACAAAUAAAACACAUUCA